CUACCUGCCAGUCCGCCUGCUGCCUCAGUCUGAGCGCACGCUGCCGCCGCCUCGCUGCUCCUGGGAUCCACGGGUCAGAACCGCGCAGAACCCCGCACAGAACCCCGCACAGAACCCGCUUCUCUCCGCACCGCCACGCAGGACAACAGAUAAAACACGAUGGGGAAAGGCUGCCUGACCGUCAGCAAGUACUUCCUCUUCCUCUUCAACCUCAUCUUCUUCCUGUUCGGGGUCACCAUCAUGGGCUUCGGACUCUGGCUCCUCCUGGACAAUCAGAGCUUCAUCGUCUUCCUCAAUAACUUCCCGUCGGUGAAGGCGGGCUGCUACACCCUGAUCGCCGUCGGAGCCUUCGCCACGCUCAUGGGCUUCGUCGGCUGCAUCGGAGCCAUCUAUGAGAUCCGCUGCCUGCUGGGCCUGUACUUCACCUGCAUCCUUCUGAUCCUGCUGGCUCAGAUCGCAGCUGGCGCUCUUAUCUACUUCAAGAAGGACGAGCUGAACACCGAGAUGUCCAAGAUCGUGGUUAAGGUUCUGGAGGAUUACUCCGGCAACGAGUCGAGCACGGAGACGGCCUGGGACCACAUCCAGCAGAAGAUGAAAUGCUGCGGCUGGAACAACUCUGCGGACUGGAACACCAACACGGUGAUCCAGAACAGCUCCGGGGUUCUGUACCCCUGCUCCUGCCACGACGCCUCCCUCGAUCCGGACAAGCAGCGCGAAAGCGGGUUCUGCGAGGCUCCGACGACCAGUUGGCCCGUUUACCUCGCGGGAUGUUCUGAAAGCGUGGAGAACUGGAUCGUCACCAACAUGGCCGUGGUGCUGGGGAUCUGCGUCGCAGUGGCUUUUAUCGAGCUGCUGGGGAUGGUUCUGUCCGUCUGCAUGUGUAGAAACAUCCAGACGGAGGAUUACACCAAGGUGCCCAGAUACUGAGGCUCUGCACACCAACUUCCCUUCAUUAAGCCGAGAAAUGACCCCGAGAAAGAGUUGAAUGAGUUGUUGUGGUAGAUAAGGAGUAUUUUCAUUGUUUUGUUGGUUUUUAUCUUUUGUCAGAUUAGUUUCCUUUAAGCACUUUAGAAACUUUUUUGUAGUUUUACGCCUAAGAUCAGAACAAUGCUGAAAAUUAAAUUGAAAUGAGAAUUAGUGUUUAAAUUAAAAACGGAGCAGCUCCUUCAGGUCCAAAGUGUGGGGCUGUAGCGCCCCCUGGUGGCGCGGCGCUCCUUUAGUUCCCCUCCACGCCUGGAUUGACCCGUUUGUCUGCCAAGGAGGACGUGCUUCCUGCUUUUUGGUUUUUAUACGCCCUGACAUGUUGUUGGUACUCUGUACAUAUUUUUAGUGAAUAUUUGUAUGACUUUGAUUCUGCCGGCGUUUCUCUGUCUGGGGUUUUUUGUGGUACUAAACUUACUGGUUUCCUGUUUACAGCAAAUAAACGGCUUUGUUUCAGCUUUACGAGCAUUUUAACCCUGAUUGUUCAUGUUUUGGUGUAAAACUGACACAAAGGAAUAUUUUUGGGAAGAGAAGCAGCUAAACCUUUGAGCCACGCUGUAUUUUCUAAAGCAGAAUUUUCUGGAUUAAGAAAUAUUCAAUUAACUUUACGAUAACCUGCGAAGUGAAGCUGAGCCUUCUGCGGUCGUUAAUACAGACUCACAGGUUUUGUUCUGUCAUUUGUAAUAAUAAAUAAAGUGAAUAAAGUCACAUUUUGGGUU